UGCCUGUCUAUGUGGUUUGAUUCUAUGUAGUGGCUGCUGUAUUGUUUUGAUUAGGAAAAUCAUUUUUGACAGGCACAGCUACGGAUUACGUUCUCUGAGAUCUCCCUUGACAUCAUAGAAGUCAUGGAUGAGCAGACAGGCUCUCCUGCAGCCAAUACAGAGAACAACAGCCAGAGAAAUGGAGAUGAGAAGCCCAGACGUGGCAGCUGGACCAAGGGGAGGAAGAGGAAGAAGCCAAUGAAGGACAGCAACGCACCCAAGGCCCCCCUAACGGGCUACGUUCGCUUCAUGAACGACAGACGGGAGCAGCUACGGGCAGAACGUCCAGACGUGCCCUUUCCAGAAAUUACAAGGAUGCUGGGCAACGAGUGGAGCAAGCUGCCCCCCGAGGAGAAGCAGCGAUACCUGGAUGAGGCAGAGCGAGAUAAGGAGCGCUACAUGCGGGAGCUGGAGAAGUACCAGAAGACAGAGGCCUACAAACAUUUCACCAGGAAGGUCCAGGAGAAACAGAAGGGCAAGCGGCACAGAGGAGAUGUUGGGCACCAGGUUGCCAACGAGGCUCUACACGAGAAGGAUGCAGAAGGGAAGGACAGAACUGUGUUUGACAUACCGAUCUUCACAGAGGAGUUUCUCAACCACAGCAAAGCACGUGAAGCUGAGAUGCGGCAGCUGCGUAAGACCAACAUGGAGUACGAGGAGCGCAACGCGGCGCUGCAGAAGCAUGUGGAGAGCAUGCGUGGCGCUGUAGAGAGACUGGAAGGCGACGUGAUGCAAGAGAGGGGACGCAAUGGGCUCCUCCACCAGCACCUGGAGACCCUGCGUCAGGCGCUCACCUCCAGCUUCUCCUCUGUACCUCUACCAGCCAGCGGAGAGACGCCCACUCUUGAAACCAUUGACUCCUACAUGAAGAAGCUCCACAGCAUCAUCGUCAGCAACCCCCAAGAUCACGAGAAUCUCAUCAACACCGUGAGAGAGGUGGUCAACCGUUUGGACAGAUAAUUGGACCAAGUCCCACUGAUUUGAUGGAUUGAGACUCACAACGCCGUUCAGUAGAGGCUGCUCCGUGACAGUGAAUCUUCCUGUUGAUCUGUCAUCCCCAUCAAUUUCAAAACAUCUUUUAUUGCUCCGCUAAGAUCAUGUAGGUGAAGGUGAUGUAGCGUCUCAUAUUUAUUUAUUAUUGUUCUACUUUUUUUAAAAACUCUGUUCAUACUUUAUGGAUAUAGCUGUAGUUUGUUUUAUGAAAUAAUCAAAUGGUAGGACAUGAAACGGUUUUCUGUCACUCGUCGCUCCUUUCUGUCAUUUGUAGCAAAUGCUUCCACUUCAAUAUCUACAGCAUUAUCAAACAUGUUCGGAUCAAAGAAAAAAUGUCAGUGGGUUUGUAUUUACCAUAUCCAAGAAACAUUGUCGAGCGGACUUUCUUUUUUCGUACUCUGUUGAAGAAAAAUGUGCCAUUUAUAUUUUUGUUUCCUGUGUGAAAAAGUGUUUGUGUUUUCAAUAAAUGUAUUUACAUCA